AAUUGUUGAGGUUGUGUGUCUCUUUUUUGAGGUUAAGUUGGUAAUUAAAGUUUUGCUUUGCGGCUGUUGUAUUUGCAAUACUUCUAUUUUUAUUGUAAAAACUAUUUAGAUCUCUCGUACGAGUUUUAAAAUGAGUCGGAGAAGAGUUCACGAGGAAGACGACGGUUACGACCGAGCUUACAGAAAAAGGCGCAGAGUAUCUGAAAAUCAAGAAAUCGAGGAUCGCUUGGAGUCUCUCAUUUUGAGAGUGGGGGAGAAGAGCACCUCUUCGCUCGAAUCAAAUUUGGAAGGUUUGGCGAGCGUACUAGAAGCCGAUUUGGGUACGUUUCGUAUGAAAAUUUUGAGGAUUCUUACGGAUUGCGCUAUUAAAAUGCCGGAGAAAUGUACGAUAUAUACUACGUUGGUGGGGUUAUUGAACGCUAAAAAUUUUAAUUUUGGAGGAGAAUUUGUGGAUUACAUGGUGCGUACUUUCAAAGACUCUCUUAAGGCUUGCAAGUGGGAUGCCGCACGGUAUGCGUUACGAUUCCUGGCAGAUCUAGUAAAUUGCCACGUAUUGUCGGCCGUGUCUCUACUGCAAUUGUUAGAUAAUAUGAUUGAUGCAGCGAAUGAAGAUUCAGUACCACAAGUCCGUAAAGAUUGGUAUGUUUUUGCCAUUCUAAGCACCCUACCUUGGGUGGGUAGAGAACUGUAUGAGAAGAAGGAGAGCGCUUUGGAACAUUUGCUAGUGUCCAUUGAAAUCUUUUUGAAUAAACGUGCGAAAAAGCAUCAUAAUGCUCUGCGUGUUUGGUCUAUUGAUAUUCCCCAUCCGCAGGAGGAAUAUUUGGACUGUUUGUGGUCGCAAAUUCGUAAACUGAAACAGGAUAACUGGGCCGAGAAGCACAUCCCAAGACCUUACUUGGCAUUUGAUUCAAUACUCUGUGAGGCUCUGCAGCAUGCACUGCCAUCAAUAGUACCCCCCCCUCACCAUGCUUCAUAUCAGUAUCCUAUGCCUUGGGUAGUGUUCCGAAUGUUUGAUUAUACCGAUUGCCCAGAAGGUCCAAUUAUGCCAGGCGCUCACUCAAUCGAAAGAUUCUUAAUCGAAGAACAUCUGCAUUCGAUCAUCGACAUGUACCACCUAGAGAGAAAAGACUGCGCUGCACAUUUACUCAACUUCCCUUACAAGCUCAAAAUUCCACUGGAGUAUUGCAUUGUUGAAGUAAUAUUUGCGGAACUGUUCCACAUGCCCAGUCCCAGAUUUUUGGAAAUCGCCUACGGGUCGAUUCUAAUCGAGCUUUGUAAACUACAACCGUCUACAAUGCCACAAGUAUUAGCGCAAGCGACCGAAAUUCUAUUCAUGAGAAUAGACACAAUGAACGUUUCGUGUUUCGAUAGAUUCGUACUGUGGUUUGCUUACCAUUUAAGUAACUUUCAAUUUCGUUGGUCAUGGGAGGAUUGGGGUAGUUGCCUCACUUUGGAUAACGAACAUCCCAAACCGAAAUUCAUAAGAGAAGUGAUGAUGAAGUGCAUGAGAUUAUCCUAUUACCAAAGAAUCACAGAAAUUCUUCCUGAGCCAUUUUCUCGAUUUGUGCCUGUAAAGGGUGAACCAAACUACAAGUAUGCUAAAGAUGGUGCAGCUUCUCUUCCUGGAACAUCAGCAGCUCACCAAUUGGUAGUGUCCAUAAGACAAAAGUGUACACCAGAAGAAGUGCUAGGUGUACUGAAGGAUCUCCCAAAUCUUCGUUCCGAAGAGGAACCUGAGCGUCGUUUUAAUCCCUUAAAAAUAGACGUUUUUGUACAAACACUUCUUCAUUUAGGCUCGAAGAGCUUCUCGCACAGUUUUGCUGCCAUAUCCAAAUUCCAUUACGUUUUUAAGAUAUUGGCCGAAUCUGAAGAAGCGCAAAUAUGUGUGUUGCGAAACAUGUUCGAACUCUGGACCACUCAUCAACAAAUGAUGAUCGUCUUAGUCGACAAAAUGCUAAAAACUCAAAUAGUCGAAUGCUCCGCCGUGGCGAACUGGAUAUUCUCAAAGGAAAUGGUUCAAGAGUUUACAAAAAUGUACCUGUGGGAAAUGUUACAUUUGACUAUCAAGAAGAUGAACAAGCACGUCAUAAAAUUGAGCGGCGAAUUAAAUGACGCGCGAGAAAAGCUCGCGCGUGCCGAGUCGAGCUCCAGUGAGUCGGAGGACGAGGAAGGUACGGGCAAGAAAAAAUCCGAAAAUGCCGAGAAACCCACCGAAGAGAUGGUGGAACGAAUGGAAGAGCGUUUGGAAGUGGCACAAGCUGAUCAGAAAAAUUUAUUUUUAAUCAUUUUUCAAAGAUUUAUUAUGAUUUUGUCUGAGCAUCUUGUGCGUUGUGAUACGGAUGGACGGGACUAUAAUACCCACUGGUAUAGAUGGACGAUUGGGAGACUGCAGCAAGUGUUUCUAGAGCAUCAUGAACAAGUGCGAAAGUACAGCUCUACAUUGGAAACCUUGCUCUUUACCCAAGAUAUAGAUGUACAUAUACUGGAAGUAUUUCAACAAUUUGUUUCGAUGCAAUCGUAAGCCAUUGGGGUGGUGUUUAUACGGUGAUAAUGUUAUAACAAAUUGACUUAAUAACUAGUUUUUAUAAUGAAGAUUUCUAUUACGUAAGGCAGAGUUUUACAAUGGAUUGUAAAUUCAUUGUCGUAGAAUGGAAACUGUUUGAUAUUGAGUAAAUUUGUACAUGUUGAUUAGGUGGGAGAAGGAUGUAUUGGUAAUUAUAUUAGCAAAAAGUCCUUGAAAUAAAAUUAAAAGUUCGCACUGUAAGGGA